UUUGUGUGUGUUCUGAGAAGCACCCAGAAAAGCACAAACUAGAGGAAGGUUUCGGAUGCGAUGUAUUUCAACAACAAACCCAUAAAACCUCUAAAAAUAAUAAGGUAUUCUUCUUUCGUGUUUUUGCACGUUCGUAUAAUUGGGUAAAUGGAAUUGUUCUGUUCCGCCAUCUCUUCAGUUAUUCAUCUCUGUGCUAACUUUGCAUCGUACCUGGACUAUAUUACUCGGGACAUGUAUUACUGGUUUAGUUUAUGACGGAAACCGUAUCAGUGUUCUACAUUAAUUAAGUUACAAAACCGAAUUAAUUGUCGGCGAAGUUUACUUAUGGAAUUCGAAUCCGACCACAAUGUCGUACCAGGGUGAACAUGUAGUUUACGUCGAUAGACCUGAUCCGACGACCAACAUUGACGAUGAUGCCGGCAGAUUCGGCGAUGCAGCGAUCCGCAAAGGAUUUAUCCGGAAGGUAUUCGGAAUUCUUGUAGUGCAGCUAAUAGUGACCAUGCUGAUUAUUGCGAUGUUUAUUUACGUUGAUGAAGUAAGAUUGUACGCGAGCACGCACAUUUGGAUGGUAUGGACUGCCCUGUUGUUGACUUUGAUGAUGUUAAUUGUACUGGCCUGUGCUGACGACAUACGGAGAAGGACACCUUGGAAUUUUAUCCUUCUUGGAUUAUUUACAUUAUUUGAAGGCUGGAUGCUGGGAUGUUUUGCUAGCGUGUUUAGCAGCAACGAAGUCCUUCUAGCGGUGGGGAUUGUGACUAUUGUGGUGAUAGCUUUGACCAUCUUCGCUCUGCAAACGAAAUGGGACUUCACGACUCUGGGCGGUAUGCUGGUGGUAUUCGUCAUGGUGCUGUUGCUGUUCGGCAUCAUAGCUAUUUUCGUCCAAAGUAACAUUCUCAACAUCGUUUACGCGUCCCUGGCAGCCUUGAUUUUUGGAUUCUACUUGGUCUUCGAUAUACAACUCAUGCUUGGCGGGAAACAUAAAUAUUCCAUAUCACCAGAGGAAUACAUCUUCGCCGCUCUUAGCCUUUAUAUCGACAUUGUCCUCCUAUUCAUGGAAAUUUUAUUCCUUAUUGGAAGCGUUGGGAGAAGAUAGAACUUCAAGAAUCAGAGCGCAUUGGCAGUUGCAGCUAAACAACAAUUAAGGCAAAAGCGUAAACUCUUUGCCAAUAUCGCUGCAGCAUUGGUUAUCAGAUAUUUCAUCAUACGCGUUGAUUAAAUUCUUGCAGACUUAUGAAUUUAGCCUAAUUAACAUUAUUAUGUAUGUCAUUAUAGAUGUAUAUAGUAUACAGUAGGCCAAUGUAUCUUAAAUAUUGUUAAUUGUAACCGGCACCGUACAAAUUCCAUACUUUACAAAACAAACCCGUCGACCGUCGUACUCGUGCGGCCACAGAU